AUGGUGAACUUCUCCAAGAAACUAACAAAAGACCAGAUUCCAGGAUGGGAGGAGUACUAUUUCAACUACAAGCUGCUGAAGGCAAGAGUGAAGGUGUACACAGAGCAGACAAAGGAAGGCAAUCACGACCGGAGACGCGUUCUCAAAGAUUUCUCAAAGUUGCUUGAUGAUGAGAUUGAGAAGAUAGUGCUGUUCAUGAUAAAACAGCAAGGUCUGAUCGCGGCACGGCUUGAGGAGUUGGGGAAGCGAAGGGCCGUGCUCGAGGACAUUCCAUUGGUCCAAGAGAUAGCAGAACUGAAAGAGGACUAUAGGGCUGUUGGCCUGGAUCUUGUGAGGCUCCUCAAGUUCGUCGAUCUUAACGCCAACGCGGUCCGGAAGAUUCUGAAGAAGUUUGAUGAGCGCCUCGGGUACACGUUCACCGAUUAUUUUGUCAGGAGCAGAUCCAAUCACCCCUUCUCUCAGCUCAAGCAGGUUUUCAAGCAUGUGGGUAUUGGAGCUGUUGUGGGGGCAUUGUCUCGCAACCUUGGGGAUCUCGAGGAACGUGAAGGAAGCUAUCUGAAUAUCUAUGACGAAAACCCACUGACCAUUCCAAAGGAUCCGGUAAUCGACAUGAUCAAGGCGACGGCGGACAAGCUGACCAACUCGACGAACUUCCUGCGGUUCCUGGGUCAGCACGCGCUGAUCGCGGAGCCAGACGAUGCCACCGGCACGGAGGAGGAGAACACGGCGGCCGCGGAGGAGAAGUACCACUACAUAUCCCUGGUGCUGAACCUGGCCAACACCUUCCUGUACAUGGUGAACACGUACAUCGUCGUCCCGACGGCUGACGACUACGCCACCAGCCUCGGCGCCGCCGCCACGGUGUGCGGCAUCAUCAUCGGGUCCAUGCCCGUGGCGCAGGUCUUCUCCUCGGUCUACUUCAGCGCCUGGUCCAACCGAUCCUACUUCCAGCCGCUUCUCUUCAGCAGCGUCGUGCUCUUCCUGGGGAAUGUCAUGUACGCCAUGGCCUACGACUUCAACUCCCUGACCGUUCUCCUCGUUGGCCGUGCUCUAUGUGGGAUGGGAUCUGCGAGAGCCGUGAACCGGAGAUACAUCAGUGACUGUGUUCCUCCGAGGAUCCGGAUGCAGGCCUCUGCAGCGUUCGUCAGCGCCAGCGCCCUCGGCAUGGCCUGCGGCCCAGCGAUGGCUGGACUACUUCAGGUUAACUUCAAGCUGUACGCGUUCACCGUCAACGCGGAGACAUUGCCUGGCUGGGUCAUGGCGUUUGGCUGGUUCGCGUACCUCAUCUGGCUGUGGAUCUCGUUCCAAGAGCCGGUUCUCGGCGAAACGUAUGAAGAAGUCCACCGUCAGAUUUCCUCUGCUGGCUCCUCGAGCACAAGGCACCUGAAGCAUCUGCUGCAAGACGCGCAUGGCGACAACGACCAAGAGGAACAUCUGCUGAAGCAAGACGCUCAUGACGACAAUGACCAGGAGGAAGAGACGCCGAGUCCAGUAGCAGCAGCACCUUCAGUCAUCGAGGCGUACAGGCUGCUCACGCCGUCGGUGAAGGUGCAGCUGCUCAUCUACUUCAUGCUCAAGUUCUCCAUGGAGAUCCUGCUCUCGGAGUCGAGCGUGGUGACCAGCUACUACUUCGGAUGGACCACGAGCACGGUGGCCAUCUUCCUGGCCAUGCUGGGCCUCACGGUCCUCCCCAUCAACGCCGUCGUCGGCACCUACAUCAGCAACAUGUUCGAGGAACGGCAGAUCCUGGUGGCGUCGGAGGUGGUGCUGCUGGCGGGCGUCCUGCUGAGCUUCAACUUUCUGUCGACCUACACGGCGGCGCAGUACGUGUGCUCCGCGCUGCUCACCUUCGUGUCCGCGGAGGUGCUGGAGGGAGUGAACCUGUCGCUGCUGUCGCAGGUGAUGCCGGCCCGGCUGUCGCGUGGCACCUGGAACGGCGGGCUCCUGUCCACGGAGGCCGGCACGCUCGCGCGGGUGGCCGCCGACGGGACAAUCACGCUCGCCGGGUACCUUGGCCAGGGGAUGCUUCUCAAUGCGACGCUGCUGCCGUCGCUGCUCAUCUGCGUGGCGUCCAUCGCCGCCACGCUCUCCACCUACAACUCGCUAUUCUACUAG